GGUUCUGAUGCCCCGGAGAGGGGCGUGUGCUCCCUGGGAAGCGGCCGAGCAGGCGCCGGGAGCUAACUUUUCCGCUCGGCUUCCUGCUCUUGGGUUUCUCGGGGCCGAGUCGGUUUCCCGGCAGUGAGCUCAGCCUGACCCCGAUCUCCGGGUGCCCGCCUCUCGCCCGACCGGACCGCAACACCUGCGAGAGGAGGCUGCCCGGCGCCGGGCUGGUCCGACUGGUUCUGAGCAGGGAGUCUCCCGCCCUCGCCCGGGGCGGCCGACCAGCCCCGGCGUCCAUCGGUCCGUCCGACCGCCAGCCCGCUAGACUCCCCGGGCUUUUCGGACGCGCGGCCGGGCCGCAGAUCAACGCGGCUUUGUCUGGGGACGCCCACACACCCCAGAGGCCGCUCCCGGGUCAACAAAGCCGAGCGCGGCGGCUCUGGGCGAGCGCGCGGAUGAGAUAAGCGGCCACGUGACCGUACCUGGGCCGGGCCCGGCGGGGCGGGGCGGGGCGCGCAGGUGAGGGGCGGCCGGGCCCGCAGGAGGAGCGCGGCGCACGCGGCGGCUCCAGCAGCAUGUCGGGCAGCAGGAAGGACUGGUCCGCGCUGUCCAGCCUGGCCAGGCAGAGGACUCUAGAAGACGAGGAGGAGCAGGAGCGCGAGCGCCGCCGCCGCCACCGCAACCUGAGCUCGACCACAGAAGAAGAUGCCCCCAGGCCCACCCAGAAUGGGGACCGGCCGGCUGCAGAGAGACUGCCAAGCGUGGAAGAAGCAGAGGUAUCCCAACCACCUCCCGCAGCCUCCAAAGAUGAGGACGAGGACAUCCAGGCCAUCCUUAGGACCCGGCAGGAGUGGAGGCAGAGGCGACAGGUGGCAGAGGCCUCACAGGCUCCCGUCCAGGAGAGGCUGGAGCCAGAGGAGGGAAGGGACAGCUCGGGCCCUGAGCAGGUCAUGCAGCCACCCCCAAGGCUCAAGAAGGAAUUGGACCCCUCGCCUCGUCGGAGAUUGAGCCGGGAGCAGCGGGGUCUCUGGGCCAAGGAGGAGGAGAGCUCAGUGGGCAGAGAGCCAGGAGAGAGGAAGAAGGGGGCUCCGGAGAAGGCCCCAGUCUCAGAGAAAACCUCUGUCCCAGAGAAGGGGCCAGCGCCUGAGAAAACGGCCAUGUCAGAGAAGGUAGCAAUCUCAGAGAAAAGAUCCAUCUCAGGGAAGAAAUCGGUUCCAGAAAAAACAAGUAUCUCGGAGAAGAUUCCGACCCCAGAGAAGACAUCAAGCUCCGAAAGGAGACUGGUGUCUGAGAAGGCAUCCAUCUUUGAGAAGCCGCUGGUGUCAGAGAAGACCUGGUCCACAGAGACAAAGCUGGCUCCAAAGAGGGCCUCAACCUCAGAGCAGCCCCAGGCCCAGGAACUCCCAGCCUGCGGGGGAAGCCAGUCCACCACCAAGGAGCAGAGACGGAGGGGCCUCCCUGAGAAGACCCCUGCUCCCUCUGCAGCGGUGGGACAGCAGGGGGAGUCGGACCCUCCGGCUGUGGCUUCUCGCCUCCCGCCCUUCACACUCCAGGUGAAAAUCCCCAGCAAGGAGAAAGAGGCAGGCAUGGUCUCGCCCACCCAGGUCACCUAUAGCAGCUCCCUCAAACGCUCCAGCUCCAGGACCAUCUCCUUUCGGAUGAGCCCCAGGAAAGACAACUCAGAAACAACCUUAACCCGCAGUGCCAGUGUGAGGCUCCCAGCCAGCACUGUCAAGUUAGGAGAGAAGCUGGAGAGAUACCACACAGCCAUACAGAGAUCAGAGUCUGUCAAGUCUCCAGGCUCCUCCCGCACCGAGUUCUUUGUGGCUCCCGUGGGUGUAGCCAGCAAGCGUCACCUCUUUGAAAAGGAGCUGACUGGACAGAGCCGAGCAGAACCAGCCUCCAGCCGGAAGGAGAACCUGAGGCUCUCAGGGGUUGUGACGUCAAGACUCAACCUGUGGAUCAGCAGGACCCAGGAGUCUGGAGAUCAGGACUCCCAGGAGGUGCAGAAAGAAUCGGCAGCCGCCAAGAGGACCCAGUGGGGAAAGAAAUUAGACUCCUCCCUGGACGCUGAGAACCUGGAGAACCCCUGGCUGGAUCCCUCAGCUGGCUCUGCUUUCCCACAGCUCUGCAACUGAUCCCCUCCUCCCCCGCCAAUUCCUUCAACCAGGAGAUCCUAGGUGUGAAGAAUUCUGCCAAGUCGCACCUGCAAGUCUUCCUCUCAAGAAUCCUCCCUUGUGCCAGGUCCCUGCCUCCGGCAGCAGCAGCCCUGCAUCUCACUGCCCCUGCUCCCUUCCUUUCUGCCUCUGGACUUGUCUGGCCAGGAACCCUGUGGGCCAGAAAUGUCCCUCCUGGCCCAGUCCUCGGGGCUGCUGAGCUGGGAUCCAGUGCCAGCCCUGGGCACGGCACUGGCACACAUCAGCACCAUGGGGCCUCAAUGUCCCAUCCGGAGGCGUCCCCUCCUUCCUACCCACCUCCGGGAUCAGGAUGGGGUUAUCUCAAGAACUCCAAGGUCACCUGCCUCACUGCUCCCGUAGGUGCCUCCAUCUGCCUGCCAAGUCGUUCCCUCCCUGAGGCCUGGGCCUACUUGCCCCCUCCCUGGGGCCUGCUCCCAGCCUGCCGAGGCCCAUGCGGCCAGAUGUGAAGGGGGCGUGGUACCUCCUCCAUGUACCCCAUCUCCCUGCUUUGUCCUCCCCUCACUUCUCUGGCCUAAUUGCUUUGGCCAGAAGCCCAGUGCCUUUAUGUGCUCCCCUUCACCCUUUCUCUGAAAAACCUGUACUCAGGAAAGAGCUGAUAAACUCAUUCACUGCCAGGUAUAAGUGACUGAUGAUACCUUAAAAAUGGAUUCUUUCCUGGAGGCUUUGCUUUCUAACAGGGAUCAUCUGCAGUGUGUGAAGAGAAUUGUUGUUGUGGUGGGGAUUUUCCUGGUCUUCCCCCACCUCAUGUUAAGGUAGGCCUGCUACCCGGUGGGCCUAGCGUACAGCAACUUGAGGGGCCAGAACUGCCAGCUACAGGGCCAGAUCUGCUACCACCCACGCUCCGUACACACUCUCAAAGUCCAGUCCUCCUUCCUCCCAGCUUCAUGGCCCAUGUGAACUUGGAGAAUGCUGAGCCAUUUGGGAAUUCAGGCCAAACCAAACUAAAAAUCAGCUUGGGUGCCCUGUCAAAACCCCUUCAUGCUGUAGUUAAUUUUUUUUUUUUCUUUUCAUCAUUAGAACUCUUAUUCUUGAUUGACUUCUCUGGUUUUAUCCAGAACUGGGUCGGGUGGGUAUAGCCCUGCUUACUCAACUCCCUUUUAUUUCCUGUUCCCAAGAAUGCCUAGGAAACUCGGGCUUUGUUUCAAAACAAAGCUCUGAAGGCACCACCAGAGCCCAGUUCUCCAAGCUUAUGGGACAAAAGCAGCCAGCCUGGUCCCAGCCCUUGUGCUCCUGGGUGAGGGCCCCUGACUUGCAUCCCGUGGUCCAGGCAACACGAGCCCUCAGAGCUCCAAUCUGUGCAGAUCCCUUAAAGGGGCCCGGAUUCCCAGGCUUGCCUGCCCCUGGCUGGUGAGGCUCCCGUGGCUGGUCUCUGUGCCAGGGCUCCUGAGACCGGAGGCCCUGCUCUAGCACCCCCUGCCCAUUACCAGGGAGCUUUUUCAGGUAUCCCGUCUGGAUAGUUGAGGAUUUGAGGACAAAGCCUGGGGAGGGGCAGAGGAAUGGGAUGAAACUUCUGCUCCGGUCCUGCCAAGAACUUGGGGGGUGGCCCUGACUCAUUCCCUUCUUCUAGUCUCAUAGGUCAAACAGAUGACCAUGAAAGACAUUUGAGUGCUCACAUUCUGUCCUUUGGAAAGCACCCCUGGCAAGUGAACUCGAGCAGGCAGCACUGCUCCCACUCAGACUUCUCUUUGGGGGAGGCUCCCAGAAGCCUUCCUCAGGCAAUGGGGAGCCCUAGCAGAGUAUGAGGGGACUGGUUUGGUCCUGGGUAUCUGAGGCUGUUCCAGAAGAUGCUGCCUCAGGGUGGUGGAGCUCUUCAUGCCUGCACCAGCCUUUUUUGGGGUGUGUCUGGGUGGUCAGGCUGCUAGGAAGCGUCCAAAGGGUUCAGGUGCCAGGCGCUCUCUGCCUUGCAUUCAUGCAUCUGACCCACAAGGCCCUACUCUCAUUCCUGCCAGGGAGCAUCCAGUCCACAAGGAAACCAGUGCAUGCACGAGAUGAUUUCAGCUGUGAUAGGUGCUGAGGAGAAAAGAGUGCAGCAUGGUGGUGACUGGGGAGGGGAGGUGGGCAGGGAAAGCCUCUUGGAGGAGGUGACAUUAAUUUAUUUUAUUUAUGUUGUGUUA